UAAAACCCCACGACAGAGGCAGCCACCCCCAAAACUCCUGAGAAAAUGGAGGUGUCAGACAAUGGACCAAAGGUCAACGGCGGCUCAAAGCACGAGGGCUUUGGUGGAUUUAGGCGUGGGGGCUUCAGAGGGGGUCGGGGUCGUGGAGGUUUUAGGGGAGGCAGAAUGGCUGGGGUUAAAAGAGACGUCAACGCCAAAGCUGUGUUCGUGCGUUUCGAGGAUGGAAUCACACGUGACGUUGCACAGGCUUGUUAGACCAGUUUAAGGAUAAUGAAGCAGUCAGCUUUGGGAGGGGAUUCAUUGUCCACUUUGCAAGUUUGGAUGCAGCAGCAGAAUUGAAAGAAAAGGCCAUGACCAUGGAGUUCGGUGGAGCCAAGCCAAAAAAAACAGAAUAUGCAUAUGAACGUGUUGAACGGACAGAGAAGAGACCGAUAGCAGGAGGAGCAGAGUCGUCAGCAAAAAAACAGAAAGUUGGAGAGGAGGGCGAUGAUGAUGAGGAGGAGGAGGAGAAGAAGAAGAAGAAGAAGAGGAAGAGGAGGAGGAGGGAGAGGAAGAAGAGGAGGAGGAGGAUGAUGAUGAUGACGACGAAGAGGAGGAAGAUGAUGAAGAGUAGAUCUUCUGUCACAGUUUGUGUAUGUGCUGUUGUGCGAGUCUGUGUCUGUGAUAUUCCACGCUAUGAAAGAGGUGUCUGCGACAAAUUAUAACUAGUUUGUUUUU